AUGAUGAAGAAGAAGAUUUUCCUGAUUCUGUUGGCAGUUAGUACUGUCAGUGUGCUGUUGCAUCGGGGGGGUCAUCUCAGCUGGACCAUGGAAGUAUUCCGACUGACCUGCCCAUCUGUAAACUCUGGCUCCACUGUCAAACACACCAACGUGGUCUUCCUCAAGACACACAAGACAGCAAGCUCUACUGUACAGAACAUAUUAUUCCGUUUUGCCGAGCGCAACAACCUCACAGUGGCACUGCCAGUCACGCCAUGUGACCACCAGUUCUGCUACCCACGUAUCUUCAGCAGCCGUUUUGUCCACCCCUACACCAUGCCCCCGAACAUUGUGACCAGCCACCUACGCUUCAGUCGCUCUGAGUUGCAACGCAUUAUGCCCAAUAAUACCAUCUACAUUACCAUCUUGCGUGAACCCGGUGCAAUGUAUGAGUCCCUGUUCAGCUACUUUAAUCUGUAUUGCAAUUCUUUUAAGCGAGUCCCUAAUGGCUCUCUGGAAGCUUUUCUGAAGAAUCCCUGGGCUUACUAUCGUCCACUGGAGAAAGAUUCAAUGUAUGCCAGGAAUACACUGACCUUUGACCUCGGUGGCGAUAAGGAUCGACCUGCUGCAGACGUGGUGAGGUAUGCGAAGCAAUUUGCUGCAGAGGUGGAGCGUACCUUCUCACUGGUCAUGAUUGCAGAAUAUUUUGAUGAAUCGCUAGUCCUGCUGCGGCAUCUGUUGUCAUGGAACCUAGAGGAUGUGCUCUACAUCAAGCAAAACAUGCGCAUGCCUUCAUCUAAAGGCAAUCUUUCUGAAGCACAACUGGGUAAAAUCCGGGAAUGGAAUGCCAUCGAUAUUAUACUGUAUAACCACUUUAAUGCCUCACUUUGGCGCCAGCUGAAUGAACUGGGGCUAGCUUGUGUUGCUAGGGAAGUAAAACUGCUACGUCAUGCCAAAGAACAGAUGGUACACAGCUGCUUUGGCGGCAACAGGCCUCAGAUACGCUCAGCUGCGGAGAUCACCAACAAAGAACUGCGACCCUGGCAGCCCAGCUCUAAGGUGGCUAUUGUUGGGUACGACUUACCUGCCAAUGUAUCAAAAAAAUCUGGCAUGACACAGGACAUGUGCCUGAAAAUGAUCAUGCCUGAAUUGCAAUAUACAAAGCGACUGCUGCAAUUGCAGAUGAUACGUUACAGCAGCAGAUACUUUUUAAAUGCAAUGCAUAAAACCACUGGCCAGCAACAAGAACGAUUUAGUCCCAAUUUACGUCAUUCAAUCACACUGGGGAGGAGCCCCAGAACAAAUGUAUGGGUCUACCACCAGCCUCCUCAACCUCGGCCACACAAUUAG